GCAGCAAAACACAUUCACUUGACUCUCAUUUCAUACAAACAGCAAACGCUUGAACUUUUUACAUUAUUUCCAUUAUUUUAUUACAUUUGAAAGAGAGAAACCAGACGAGAAAUGGAGGAACCUGUCGUAUCCAUAUAUGAUAUGCUGAUGAAGCGCCAUCGACAGCAGCGCAAAGAAGAAUGCCAACAGCAAAGGGAUCUCUUGCAGAACAGGCGUCCCACACAGGAUGUGCAGACAAAGCCAAGCGUGGACAGCAGCAUUGAGCCGAAGAAGCCACGAGCACGCAUCAGUCGCACCAGGUUCUCGGUGGAUCCCAUGCAGUCCGGGGUUAAGAUGUCCGCCAGUGUGGUGACCUCCGCGCAUUUAACUAAGAAAAAAUCGAACAUUCUGCCGCCGUCGCACGCCAAAAAGGAGACGCUCAAUCAGCUGGUGGAGAAGAUGAGCGGCUUCAGCCGGAAGCGGCUCAAGAAUGCUCCAGCGGAGCCGCUGCCGGUGCCGGAAAAGUCGGUCGCGGACCACACAACACGCAGUCGGGAUAAUUCGACAAAAAAGAGAACCGGCAUGCGUAACAAACCGAAGGUCAACAAGACACCGCCUGGCAGCGAAUCGAUUAAUCAGCGUCCGCGAUUGGCUCUCUCGCCGCGCAACACAAAUCGUUUGGCCAACAAGCCGGCCGUUAAGCGCGAGAAGGCCAAAGCCAAUCCCAACGAGCCGAAGGUACAGCGUCGCGCCAAGAACUCGGAGGCUGUGCGGCCGAAGGCGCGCCUGAGAGUGCACAUGUCCAAGCUGUCCAUCAAGUCGGCCAGCAAGGAGCGCAAGAUCCCGCCGCCAGCUGACAAUGCAGUGCAUUAUCGCCUCUGAUAGGCGAUAGUUAUAUCGAUCUAUAUCGAUUUCAGUCUACAAAUUGCAAGUGUUGCGCGCAAAACCGUUUACUCAAGUUCGUUUAGCCUUUUGAAGCGCUUCCAUUUGCCAAUCAAUAGAGUCCAUUGCAGUUACAUUCAAA